AUGGAGAAGAGAGAUACUGAAGACAAGAACAAAAACUUCACCCGAACGGAUGAUGAAGUCGAGGAGGAAAAGCAUAAACGCGACGACAUGGAAUUACGGCAUAUCCCCAUAAAGUACAGUCGACGAGCAAAAUUGUACUACGUUCGGUUGUACGGGUUCAAGCUCGUCUCAGGGUUGAUAGAAUAUCACCGACGGAAUAAGAUAGCUUUUGACGAGGAUGGAACCAUGAUAAAACGAGCAAUCAAACGAGCUGAAUGGCAGCUUGAAUCACGAACAAAUUGUCAA